AUGCCCCCAAAACCCACCAUCGCCUUCUUCGGCGCCACCGGCGGCUCCGUCCUCUCCUGCCUAAUCCCAGCCCUCAAAGCAGGCCAUAAAUGCAACGCCCUCGUCCGCACCCCCACCAAACUCCUCACCCUCCUCACCAAACACAACAUCUCUUCCUCCCUCAUAGAACAAAACCUAACCAUAAUCCCCGGCCCCGCGACCUCCCUCCCCGCCGUCACCCAAACCCUCCUCCUCAUCAACCCCAACUCUACCCCGGAAUCUAUCCCCGUGGACCUAAUAAUAACCGGCAUCGGCGGAACCCUAAUCUUCAACCUCCCGAAUCCAUUCCCCACGCUGGACAACCCCACCGUCUGCACCGACACAAUGAGAACGAUUCUCACUGCCGCGAGAACACUCCCCCGGAAGCCUAAAUUGGUGGUUGUUACGGGUACGGGUAUACAUUAUACGAAACGUGAUGUGCCGGUGCUUAUGAUCCCGCUUUAUCAUUGGUUGCUGGGCGUGCCGCAUGCGGAUAAGAGGGUAAUGGAGGAUUUGGUGGUGGGGGAGAUGGAGAGGGAUGUGGAUGGGGAGGAUGGGAAGGGGAAAGGGAUUAGUGGGUUUUUGUUUGUGAGGGCGAGUUUGUUGGUUGAUGGGGGUUUCGAGGGGAGGAUGGGAAUGGGGAUGGGGAUGGGUUGGAGGGGUAAGGGUGGGAGGGACGGAGGAGCCGGCGGUGGGGGUUGCGGCUAG